GUGACGCGGGUUAAACAUGGCGCUGCCUCUGAGCCGUUACUGCGCGAGGAGCUCACUGAGCGCGUGCGGCCGCUGGGGGCUCGAGCGGGGCCGGGGGAGCGCCGGCGGCGGAGGAGGCGGCGGCGGCGUGAGCGCUUCUCUCAAGGAGCUGCAUUUAUAUAGAAGAACCUAUUUAAACAGCACCAUUUACAAGAAGCAAAAUUCUUUCUGUUCUUUCUGGCGAACUCCAUCCAGGUUUAUGUAUACCACUAGAACUAAAUAUUGCUAUACCAAGGUUCAUAGUGAUGAACAGUACAAGGAUCCCUAUAGGUUAUCUCAGAAAGAGCUGAAUAAUCUAUAUCAAGAGAUUAGACGGCAACUGGCAGUUUCUUCGGCAGACCUCAAAGAAAUUUGCGAUUACUAUUUUGAUGGAAAAGGGAAAGCUUUCCGACCCAUGAUUGUGGUACUUGUGGCAAAAGCAUGUAAUCUCCAUCAAAGUAAGAACAGAGAACUGCUAAAGAGCCAGCAUUCUGUUGGCAUGAUAGCAGAAAUGAUCCACACUGCUAGCCUUGUACAUGAUGAUGUGAUCGAUGGCUCAGACACUCGGCGGGGAAAAACCACAGUUAACAAAAUCUGGGGAGAGAGAAAGGCUAUCUUGGCUGGAGACUUUGUUCUCUCUGCAGCCUCCGUGGCCCUUGCCCGCCUUGGCAACAACACUGUAGUAUCCAUUUUAUCUCAAGUUAUUGAAGACUUGGUACGAGGAGAAUUUAUGCAGCUGGGUUCCAAAGAAAAUGAGAACGAAAGAUUUGUACAUUAUCUUGAAAAAACGUUUAAGAAGACUGCAAGUCUAAUAGCAAACAGUUGUAAAGCAGUAUCUAUACUUGGCAAUUGUGGUCCAGAUGUCCAAGAAAUUGCAUACCAAUAUGGGAGAAAUAUUGGAAUAGCUUUUCAGUUGGUAGAUGAUGUGCUGGAUUUCACAGCCUGUGCCAAUCAGUUAGGCAAGCCAGCUGCUGCUGAUCUCAAGCUUGGUUUGGCCACAGGGCCAGUGCUCUUUGCUUGUCAAAAGUUUCCAGAACUGCAUGCCAUGAUCAUGAGACGGUUCAGUUCAGAUGGUGAUGUGGAUCGUGCCUGGCAGUAUGUAUUACAGAGUAAUGGUGUUCAGCAAACCUGCUACCUCGCACAACAAUACUGUCAAGAAGCCAUCCGCCAGAUCUCCAUGCUGCAUCCCUCACCAGAAAGAGAUGCCUUGAUUCAUCUUACAGAAAUUGUAUUAACACGGGACAAAUAAGAGUACACUCCACUUUUCUACAGGCAGCUAUUGACUACAAAUGAAAAUUAUAUUAACCAUUGUCAAGUCUUCAGUUUGUUUGUGAAUUCCAAACAACUCGGACAACAGUGGAACUUUGUUUACAUGUUUGUACUAUACUAUGCCUAUGGAGAUUCAACAUCAAUUUCCCCCAAGAGGUGCUAACUCCUGCUGGUUUCUAUGGGUGCCAAUCCUCAUCCAAGCCUGCAUCAGAACCUGGACAGUGAGGCUAUUUGACCUUGAAGCAAAUCACAGCAGAGUCGGUUUCCACUCAUUCUCAUGUAUGCCUAUUCCAGUAAUUAACUAGAAAACAGAAGUAGAAAGCACGGCUGUACUAACAUUAACUGGAGCACCACUACUGUUGUCAGCCUGCUCAGGAAUCAGUCUCCUCAUUUUCUGAUCUAUUGCUUAGGCGACAUUGGGAGUUCCUUUACCCAUUAGAAAUCAUGAAGAUAGUUCAUUGAACAACAAACAGCCCUGUCUGUCGUUCAAUUUACGCAACCAUGGCUUGAGUCAACUCCUGUCCAACUUAAUUCAUAAAAAACAUUUUAUCUGAA